AUGCAACUUCUGCUGGGCCGCCUGCGCCUCAUAGGCACAUGUGUCCAAAGCCGCGGCCGCUGGGACUGUGCUGAGUGCUUCAACGAUCCAUCCCGGCGCUACUGGUGGCUCUUCUGUUUUUCUUGCUUCUGCGCGUUUCAAACUGUGUUGAAUACCGAAACGUCCGCGGUAGAUGGGGUAUUCAAAUUUGCUGCGCAAUCUCUUCGGGCUUCUUCUCGCAGCGCACACCCCAGGGGGCGCCUGCAUCGCCGUCCGGACGGGAGCCUCUUCCGGCCAAUGCGGAAUGCUGCCGCGUUCUGCUCUCUCCGGUGUAUCUGCGGUUUCCGUUGCCUGUGGGAGUAG